AUGUCUCUUACAACCCGCGGAUAUAAUCCGUCCAUCACAGCUAGCUGUGAAGGAUUCAAGCCCGGCAAGUCGCACUGCGUCGAAGCGUGGGGAGAGCCUGCGCCUACCAAGCCCCCAACGACGAUCACGACGCCGACAACAACCACAACCACUACUACCACCAAGACUGGAAACGCCCCUGGCACGACCCAGGCUGGCCAGAUAGGGACCUGUAACCGGUGGGAUCUCGUCAAGUCCGGUGACAGCGGCAACGUAUUUUUGGAGAAGUAUUCAGGUCUGACCCUGGCCAACUUGGUCAGAUGGAAUCCGGCUAUUGGGUCUCGAUGCCAGAGCUUAUGGGUUGAUACUUAUGGAGCACCUACUCCCUCCACGACUACCACAACUAUGACUGCUCCCGUUUACGGCAUCACUACCCCCUCGCCUAUUCAACCAGGAAUUGUUGAUGACUGCAACGACUUUCACAAAGUUCAGUCGGGAGACACUUGCGCCAGUAUUGCCCGGUCCGCCGGGAUCUCGCUCUCGCAGCCGGCGGACCUCGCUCUCAAGUUUACCUCAUGGAACCCCGGUGUGGGAAACGGAUGUAGCUCGCUCUGGCUGGGUUACUUCGUUUGCAUUUCUCGGGUGGGUGUGACCGCAACGAUUACGAUGACAACAACUACCUCCGGUAAUGGAAUCUUCACACCAACUCCAACCUUACCGGGGAUGGUGAAGAACUGCGACACCUUUUACCUCGUGAAAUCCGGCGACGGGUGCGCAGCUAUCGCCUCAAGCAAAGGGAUCAGCCUUUCACAACUCUACGCCUGGAACCCGAAUCUUGGGUCUGAUUGCUCUGGAUUAUGGUCUGAGUACUAUAUCUGCGUUUCAAUCGUCGGGGUGAACCCGACCUCGACAACAAAAACGACCACGAAGACCACGACGUCGACAAAGGGAAAUGGAGUUUCCACCCCUACCUCUAUUCAGGCGGGGAUGACGAGCUCCUGUAACAAGUUCCAUAAGGUUGUGUCGGGAGAUCAGUGUGGGACGAUUGCGUCCAACGCUGGGAUUACACUUGCGAAUUUCUUGAAGUGGAAUCCGGGGGUUGGCGGGUUCGCAUGCCGGUCGUUGUGGUUGGGGUACUAUGUGUGCAUCGGCGUUCUUUAG